AUGAAAACCGCAGGUUAUCCAAAUGUGAAUGUGCGUAAUUUCACAACAUCAUGGCGUGAUGGCUUAGCAUUCAAUGCACUUAUCCAUAAGCAUAGACCUGACCUUAUCGAAUAUGAUAAGUUACAAAAAUCAAACGCUUUGUUCAAUCUCGGAAAUGCGUUUGAUACGGCCGAACAACAACUUGGCCUCAUGAAAUUCCUCGAUCCAGAAGGUUUGUUCUCAUACAUUCUUUGA